AUGAGUGGCAAUAAAGACCUAACACAAGAAGAUGACGCUUACGAUGCUAUUUUCAACGGUGAGUUUGGAUCUUUAGAAAUAGGAAGUUAUCUAGGUGGAAAUGAUAAUACUGCUUCUGCAGCAACAACCCAUUUACCAGAUGCUGUAGAUUUUGGAGAUGAAGAUGAACUAGCUGACGAAGAAGAUGAUAUGGUCAAUGGUGAAGGGACUGCAAGCAAUGCCUUGUUUCAAGGACCACAUACUACUGCUAACCAUUUUGCAGAGCACGGCGGUACAGCACUUCCUGGCUCUGGGCUAGAAAACCAACUCAUACAGCCUGCUCCUAAACAGUUGACACCACAACAAUUAAUGCAAAUAUAUUUCCCAUCUGUGGUCAAGGGACGUCCGGUACGUUGGGGUCAUGUUCUCUAUAGCAAAUAUCGAAAUGCGAAAAGAUAUUAUUCAAAAUCACUACGACCUUUAGAGCCACUUUUCCCUUGGGAUGUUCGAUUACAUGUUCAACAAGAUUCUAGAAGGAUAUUUAAAACACAGAAUUUUACAGCAAAGCAAUCACGAAAACCAAUUCCCGGUAUCAUAUCUGUUGAUAUGAGAACAAUACUUAUAGAACCACCCGAAGAAACAUCACUCAACCAGGGUGGGAAUAAUGAUAAAGAUGUAGCUAAUGAAUCAAAUGAAUUGAUUAAAAAAUUAGAACUACAAUCUAAUGUAACAGAAGCUUUACAGGUUGCUACUGAUGAAUGGAGUUCAGAACGUAUAUUAGGUGAUUUUACAGAGAAAUUAGAUGAACCUUCACAAUCACAAUCUUCAACUCAGGAUAUUGGCAAAUAUAAUAAUGCAAAUGGUUUAAUCGAUGAAGCUCAAUGGAAUGUAGAUAAUCUAGUGAAUGCCAGAUUACAUUCUUCAGAGUAUGCAGUCCUUGAUAGAAAUGAUGAAAAAUUAUUAUUAGUCAACCAACAACCAAAACCAGUUAAUAGUUUAUAUCAACAACUUACCAAAAUCUUUUCUAAACCAUGGAAUGAAAAAGCGUUAUUACAAAAAUAUAAUAUUUCCAAUGAUAAAGAGUAUCAAAUAUUAAAACGUAGUCAUCAAUCUAAAGUUAGAUCUACAGUUUCUAAUUUGAAUAUUGAGCAUUCAAUGCCUGCCAUAAAGCUACAGUCACCAUUUUAUAAAGUAAACUUACCACGUAGAUCACUACGGUUUUUCCAUAGACCAAAUUUUGGCAUGAGAAUGCGUCCAGGAACUCAUAUUGUAUUUAGUAAAUUGAAAAAUAGAAAACGAAAGCGGGAUAGAGGUAAAGAUGUUAAGGAAUCUUUUGCAACUACUCAAGAUUUGACAGUAGGUGAUUCUGCUCCAAUAUAUUUAAUGGAAUAUUCUGAACAAACUCCAAUAUCAUUAUCCAAAUUCGGUAUGGCAAGUAAAUUAAUAAAUUAUUAUAGAAAGUUAAACGAAAAUGAUACAUCAAGACCAAAAUUACCCGUUGGUGAAACCCAUGUCCUAGGGGUUCAUGAUAAAUCUCCAUUUUGGAAUUUUGGUUACGUAGAGCCUGGUAAUAUCGUUCCCACAUUAUAUAACAAUAUGUUUAGAGCUCCAAUAUUUGCUCAUGAAGUCUCUGGCACAGAUUUCCUUUUAAUCCGAAGUUCAGGAAACGGUAUAAAUAAUAGAUUUUAUUUAAAAUCAAUCAACAAUUUAUUCACAGUUGGUCAGACAUUACCAAUCGAUGAAAUUCCCUCACCAAAUUCAAGAAAAUUCACAGCUUUGAGGUCUUUGAGGUUAAGAAUGAUAGUUUAUCGUUGUUUAAAUAGAUCACCAUCAAGAUCUGUUUCAAUUGAAGAGAUUACAAAACAUUUUCCGGAUCAAGAUUUAACACAGAAUCGAGCAAAAGUAAAAGAUUUUAUGAAAUUCCAAAGAGAUGGUCCAGAGAAGGGUUUAUGGAAAUUAAAAGAAAAUGAGCCACUAUUAAACAAUGCAAAUGCAAGAAAUUUAAUAUCACCAGAACAAAUCUCGGAAGUUGAAUCAAUGGGUCAAGGUUUACAAUUUAAACAAGAUAAUGAAUUGUUUAACUUUGAUAGGAAAUUAGUUAAUUUAGAAGAAAAUUUAUUACCGUGGAAUUCUACUAAAAAUUUUAUUAGUGCCACUCAAUUAAGAGCAAUGUUACAAAUACAUGGUGCAGGUGAUCCCACAGGUUGUGGAGAAGGUUUUUCAUUUUUAAAGACAUCUAUGAAAGGUGGAUUUAUUAAAACAGAUAAUACUAAAUCAAAUGGUAGUGGUUCGAAUUCUGGUCAUACCUAUAAUGUUGCCCAACAACAAAGUCUUUAUAACCAAGAGAUUAAAAAAACAUGGUACGUUCAUACAAAGAGUCUGUCGGUAACAAAUCCAUUUGAAGAAUUAGAUAACCCAAAUGAAGUAAAUAAGACUAAUAAAAAUGUGAAAUCUAAGAGAGAGGAUAAUAAGAUAUUAAAAAUUACUAGAAAGUUAAGAGACAGUAAUGGUGUUAUCCAAAGAGAAACAGUAAUGAUUAGAGAUCCUAGAAUAAUUAAUGCAUAUUUAAUUAUUAAAAAAAUUAAACAAAAGAAAGAUUUAACAGUGGAACAAAUAUUAACACAAACGAAUUAUGAGAAUGAUGAAGCAAGGGAAUUAAAGAAGGCGAUGUUACAAAACGAAUUAGAUACAUUAGAAAAAUCUCAACAAAGAAGGAUGGCUAGAAAAUCUAAAAAAAAUAAUAAAGAAAAUAAGGAUGCGGCCAUUGGAGCGAAUAAUAAUGACAAUAUAGCUACAUCAUCUCCAUCAAUGACGAACCUUCAUGGUGGUGUAUCAAGUACAACUUUAAUGGAAUCAUCUAGUAACAUUAAUUUAAAUGAUAGUAUUAAUAAUAACAAUAUGAAUAGUGCUACAAUGGAAAACAAUGUUAGUUCGCCAACUUCUACUAUUGGAACUACUACCACUGCUAAUACCAAUAAUAAAGUACGGAAACCCAAAAAUAAGAAUACCAAUAGAAGAUGCGCUACAUGUGGUCAAAUCGGUCAUAUUAGAACUAAUAAAUCAUGUCCAAUGUAUAGUAGUAGGAAUUCUAUUAACCAUAACUCUGACAUUAAGCAAGAAGGUAAUUGA